UUCUUCCCAUUUUCACCCAGGGAGGAAAUAGACCUGUUUGCACCUCGGCUUUAUGUCAAAAUGGUGGAACAUGUGUUGACGCGUGUUGGAAUCCCAGUGAGAAGCUGUCAGCAGCUGAAAACCCUGGGAGCGAAUCAGAAUGGCAUUUAUAAAAUCAACCCAGAUGGUCAAGGGGUCAUAAACGUGUACUGUGACCAAACCACAGAUGGAGGUGGGUGGACUGUGGUUCAGAGACGUUCCCGUCCAUACAAGCAAAGCUUUGAACGAACGUGGGUAGAGUAUCGAGUAGGCUUUGGCGACUUGUCCAAAGAAUUCUGGCUUGGAAACUACAACUUGCACCGAAUCGCCUCUUCAGACAGCAUUCUUCGAAUAGAUCUGCACCGAACCAACGGCCAAAAGGGAUAUGCCAAAUAUGGUGGGUUUCGGGUAGCUGACGAAACAGAAAAGUAUCGAUGCGACAUGAGUUCGUACGAAGGAAACAUCGGAAAUGGGUUUUAUGGAAAUACAGAUCCUAAAUUGAACAUCCGAGGGAUGAAAUUCGGCACACCAGACCAAGAUAAUGACAAUCACCCUGGCAAGUGUUUUCCUUAUGGUGCAUGGUGGGCAAACCAAUGUGGCGAGGUUAAUCUCAAUGCAAGGGAUGGUCCGCACUGGGGUCCCUGGACUUCUCAGCCUUACCUAAAUUUUUCUGAGAUGAAAGUAAGGCAUAACUGAACAAAACUGCUAUAGUCACCAUAGUUCACCUUCAAAGAUGCAAGGAACUCGACGAAGAGAUCUGGGCACUAACUAUUGUAGCCUUUAUAGAAUUUGCAAUGGCAACUCAAGUUGUCAUGUAACGCCCAGUGCUGCGUGGCAUUACAACCAAAACAGCUGCGAAGGUGACUGAAAUCCAUUGAUAUAUUAUUAGCAUAAUAAUGUAUUGACACAUAAUUUAGUCUUGCGCUAGGUUUUAAAUAUCGACACGAAAUCGCUUUCUUCAACUUGAAAUGAAAUUUUAAACCUUUCCUUCCAAUGGUGAUGUUUCAUUAGCACCCCAGGAACAGAUGUCACACAUUAUAAACAGACCAUUAUGUCUAAUCCUGUUUCAAGACACCAAGAGACCAAAACAAAGUGAAGCGAUCAAAAGCAAACCUUGAAGUCACAGUUGAUAUAGGCGCGUGUCUCUCCUCAAGAGCCAUAUACCACUACAAAACGAUACCGCUUGGAGCCACCGCUAUGGAGACAUUGGGUUUCGGAGGGGGGUCUUUAGUCUCUGUUGCUGGAGAUACAGGGGGGUGUUGCCCUGAACCCGGCGGUAGACCCUGUUGGGUAGGCUGUUGGGGUCUUAUAGAUAAUUGUGAAUAGCUUUG